GAACACGUGCACAAAGUUUCCUAAACAACACAAACAAGAUUUAGUACUGUAGACAGUUGCAUACUCACUCACUCCAGUUACUUUCAUCUCACCCGCCCUAUACUCAAAAAACACGUCACCUUAUGGCCACCGCUCAAACACCACAAAACGGAACCGCCACCGCAACAAACUCCCUCUUACCAGAAAAUCCCUCCGCCACCCAAUCACUCACCACCGCCGAAGCCAACACAUCUCCAACCGCCAACGAAUCGACUCAGGAUCCCGAUACCCUAACCGAAACCGAAACAGACACCGCCGCCGCCGUUAUUACUCCGCCGGAGAAGAGAUGGUCUGGUUGGCCUGGAGACUGCGUGUUUCGUUUGAUAGUUCCUGUUGCUAAAGUUGGUGGCAUCAUUGGUCGCAAAGGAGAACUCAUCAAGAAGCUUUGUGAUGAAACGAAAGCUCGUAUUCGUGUUCUUGAUGCCGCUCCUGGUACUCCUGAUCGAAUUAUACUUAUAUCAGGGAAGGAAGAGCUAGAGGCAGCUAUUUCACCUGCAAUGGAUGCUGUAUUAAGGAUAUUCAAACGCGUCUCUGGAUUAUCCGAAACUGACAGUGAGAUUAAAGGAUCUGCUGGGCUUACAUUUUGUUCCAUCCGAUUAUUGGUGGCAUCAACACAGGCUAUCAGUUUGAUUGGAAAGCAAGGAUCACUAAUCAGAUCCAUACAGGAGAGUUCUGGUGCUUCUGUUAGAGUAUUGUCUGGAGACGAGAUUCAAUAUUUUGCUACUGCGGAUGAGAGGAUUGUAGACCUGCAGGGAGAAACCUCGAAGGUCCUUAAAGCUCUUGAAGCCGUGAUUGGCCAUCUGAGGAAGUUUUUGGUUGAUCACAGCAUUCUUCCCCUAUAUGAGAAAACUUACAAUGCAUCUAUCCCACAACAAGAUCGUCAACCAGAGACCUGGUCCGACAAGCUGUCGCUGCAUACCACUUCACAAACUAGCAUGUUUUCUGAUAUUCCUCUUCCAACAAAAAGGGAUUCUAUCUUCGCUGACCGUGAAAGUCAUUUGGACUUACUCCCUUCCUCCACUAUGUCUCUCUAUGGUCAAGAUUCUUCUCUUUCUGGUGUUCGUUCUUCAACUCUUAGUCGUGUUGGUGCUCCUAUUGUUACUACGGUAAUCCAAACAAUGCAAAUACCGCUAUCCUAUGCAGAGGACAUCAUUGGCAUUCAAGGGACUAAUAUAGAUUAUAUUCGUCGCACUAGUGGAGCCAUAUUGACUGUGCAGGAGAGCAGGGUGCCUGAUGAAAUUGUUGUGGAAAUAAAAGGAACCUCAUCCCAGGUUCAAACGGCUCAGCAAUUGAUUCAGGAGGUUAUAAGCAAUCACAGAGAACCUGUUGCCAACAGCUACGGGAGGUUGGAUGCAGGCAGAAUAGAUGUGGGUCCUAGGUCGUCAUAUUCUCAAUCUUCAUACUCUCAGUUGGGCAAUACAUCGCGCUCUUCAUUGUCCUCACAAUCAUACACAGGUUAUGGAUCAUCUGGUUUAGGAGACUACAGUACUUUCAGGCUUUAAGUCUGUAUCUCUUUAGUCAAAGGCCUUGAAGGCACUCCAUUUGGACUAGUUUAUUUCUAAAUGGGUCUUAUUGGGGAGAGAGAUGCAAUGCUAGCAACACUCACCAUAAUACUCUCUAACACUCUUAUUGGUUCAAAAUUCAUGUAGGUCUAACCAUUCUAGGAAUAGAUCCCAAGUAAAGUGGUAAAGAUUUGCAUGAAUUUCAUCCGAUAAAAGAAAGAACACUGGAAAGAGAGCGUUAGAGUGAGUGUUUCUAACACUUAUGUUGGAGAUGAUUUUGAAUGUAUUCUUAAGCCUCCCUAAAAAGACAUGUGUUAUGUGAUAUCUUGUAUGGUGGAUAAUUUUGAGGUAGCAAAUAGUUGGAAAUUUUAGUAGAAAAUGUAGCGAUAUAUUAGGCAUUUUAACGAUUUUGUUGUCUAACAUGUGGAUUUUUCUUUUUUACUGUUCUAACAUCUGGAUGUUUGAUUAUUCUGUUGUUUGCAAUACCUAAUAUUGAUACUUUCUUGGCA